CAAUAUAAAUACCCUGCAACACACCAUGCUUUUGCAUGUCCUCCAUUCACACCAUUCUCUUUUUUUGAGGCCAUUUUUCUUCUUAUUUAAGAAUAUGGCAAUUGAGCAGCACAGGGAUGUGGAGACUGGUGAAGCCACCAAGCUCCAGUUUUUACAAGAGCCCUUCAUUCGACCAGAGGAAAAUGGAUCCAUUACAAUGGUUUUGCUUAGCACACUUGUUGCUGUUUGUGGUUCAUUCACUUUUGGAACUUGCGUGGGCUAUUCAGCACCCACUCAAGCAGCUAUAAGGGAAGAUCUUAAUCUAUCUCUUGCUGAGUUUUCAAUGUUUGGUUCUUUAGUAACCAUUGGUGCAAUGCUCGGGGCUAUGACCAGUGGCCGGAUCACAGAUUUCAUUGGCCGAAAAGGGGCAAUGAGAAUUUCAACAGGUUUUUGCAUUACAGGAUGGUUAGCUGUCUUUUUCUCCAAGAGUUCUUACUCCCUUGACUUGGGAAGAUUUUCCACAGGGUACGGCAUUGGAAUUAUCUCAUACGUGGUUCCUGUAUAUAUAGCAGAAAUAGCACCCAAACAUCUUCGAGGAGGACUUGCAACAACAAAUCAGCUUUUGAUUGUUAUUGGAAUGUCUGUUUCAUUCUUAAUAGGAAGUGUCAUAAACUGGAGACAGCUCGCACUAGCGGGGUUAGUACCUUGCAUUUGCUUGGUGAUUGGUUUGUGCUUUAUCCCUGAGUCCCCAAGAUGGCUGGCAAAGGUUGGCCGUGAAAAAGAAUUUCAACUUGCUUUAAGGAGUCUUCGGGGUAAAGAUGUGGAUAUUUCUCAUGAAGCUGCAGAAAUUCUGGAUUAUAUUGAAACUUUUCAAAGCCUUCCAAAGACUACACUGUUGGAUUUGUUCCAAAGCAAAUAUGUGCGCUCUUUAGUUAUUGGGGUUGGGUUAAUGGCAUGUCAACAAUCUGUUGGAAUCAAUGGCAUAGGAUUCUACACAGCUGANUUAAGCAAUGAUGCAGUGGCAGUAGAUGUAACUCGUUACCUUCUAAUUCAUCACCAAGAAGAGCUUCUAAUUUGUUCUCUUCUGAACGCCACAUCAGUGACAGCUUCAUUCCCACAUGCUCUUAAUUACCACAAAACAUCUUUCAAUGUUUCAUGCAAUAUAAAUACCCUGCAACACACCAUGCUUUUGCAUGUCCUCCAUUCACACCAUUCUCUUUUUUUGAGGCCAUUUUUCUUCUUAUUUAAGAAUAUGGCAAUUGAGCAGCACAGGGAUGUGGAGACUGGUGAAGCCACCAAGCUCCAGUUUUUACAAGAGCCCUUCAUUCGACCAGAGGAAAAUGGAUCCAUUACAAUGGUUUUGCUUAGCACACUUGUUGCUGUUUGUGGUUCAUUCACUUUUGGAACUUGCGUGGGCUAUUCAGCACCCACUCAAGCAGCUAUAAGGGAAGAUCUUAAUCUAUCUCUUGCUGAGUUUUCAAUGUUUGGUUCUUUAGUAACCAUUGGUGCAAUGCUCGGGGCUAUGACCAGUGGCCGGAUCACAGAUUUCAUUGGCCGAAAAGGGGCAAUGAGAAUUUCAACAGGUUUUUGCAUUACAGGAUGGUUAGCUGUCUUUUUCUCCAAGAGUUCUUACUCCCUUGACUUGGGAAGAUUUUCCACAGGGUACGGCAUUGGAAUUAUCUCAUACGUGGUUCCUGUAUAUAUAGCAGAAAUAGCACCCAAACAUCUUCGAGGAGGACUUGCAACAACAAAUCAGCUUUUGAUUGUUAUUGGAAUGUCUGUUUCAUUCUUAAUAGGAAGUGUCAUAAACUGGAGACAGCUCGCACUAGCGGGGUUAGUACCUUGCAUUUGCUUGGUGAUUGGUUUGUGCUUUAUCCCUGAGUCCCCAAGAUGGCUGGCAAAGGUUGGCCGUGAAAAAGAAUUUCAACUUGCUUUAAGGAGUCUUCGGGGUAAAGAUGUGGAUAUUUCUCAUGAAGCUGCAGAAAUUCUGGAUUAUAUUGAAACUUUUCAAAGCCUUCCAAAGACUACACUGUUGGAUUUGUUCCAAAGCAAAUAUGUGCGCUCUUUAGUUAUUGGGGUUGGGUUAAUGGCAUGUCAACAAUCUGUUGGAAUCAAUGGCAUAGGAUUCUACACAGCUGAGACUUUUGUAGCAGCUGGACUUUCUUCAGGAAAAGCUGGAACUGUAGCAUAUGCUUGUAUGCAGGUUCCAUUUACUAUAUUGGGAGCCAUUUUGAUGGAUAGGUCUGGAAGAAGACCUCUUAUAAUGGUUUCUGCAAGCGGGACAUUCUUAGGUUGCUUUAUAGCAGGAAUUGCUUUCUACCUCAAGGACCAAAGCUUAUUGCUUGAGUGGGUACCUAUAUUAGCAGUUACUGGCGUGUUGAUCUAUAUAGCAGCAUUUUCAAUUGGAAUGGGACCAGUUCCUUGGGUGAUAAUGUCUGAGAUCUUUCCCAUAAACGUGAAAGGAACUGCUGGAAGCUUGGUGGUUUUGUUGAAUUGGUUAGGAGCCUGGAUAGUUUCAUAUACUUUCAACUUUCUAAUGAGUUGGAGUUCUCCAGGUACUUUGUUUUUGUAUGCUGGAUUUUCCCUCUUAACUAUUCUGUUUGUAGCAAAAUUAGUCCCAGAAACCAAAGGAAAAACUCUGGAAGAGAUCCAGGCUUGCAUUAGUUCAUAGAGAGAAAGUAAAUUACCACCAUUUAUCAAAUUCUUUUGGAUCCAUUUAGGAUUCUCAAGGCAUCAAAUAACAGAUUGUGCCAUAUCCAUUUUUUUCUGCUGCAUAGUAAUAACAUAUCGCAGCAUAUCUGAUAAGAAAAAAGAAAACAUAUUCUGUAACACUGCCUCUGCCUCUUCUGAUUGUUUUAAUGGUCAUGCUUGUGAGUAAUUAAUGGCUUCCAAAAUUUCUCGAUGCAAUCUAGUUCGAACUUGAGGUUCUACCGAAUACAAAAAACGAAAGCUUUCAAUUACUAUGUGAUAAUUAAUUUGAGUUUCUUUCUCUUCUUGUUGCAAUACUGACAGGAAAACUUAAAUUUAAGAAGCUACCGUGUUGUUCGUCAUUAAUUUAUCUGUUUUUAAACUGAUGGUAGUUAUUACCUUAACCAGAUACAUCAUAGAUUUAGAUUGAGGUUCACUGUUAGUCCACGUUCUUGUCUUAAAAAUUUUACAGCAUGAAAUUAAGAAAAACCCUUAAUAUUUAUAUUUA